AUGUUCACAGUACGACCCCCAGACGUGCUCGUUUUGAUAACGGCAUCACUUCUAAACACUACGGCCAAGGGAGGAGUUUCAAGAACAAUAUCACAGACCGUAAAAUUAUUAUCAUUAUCGCAAGUACCAGAACCCAUGUUGGCAUGCCUCAUAACCAUGUUCCCGACGCUCGCCAGCUCUACAUCGGAGACACAAAUGUGUCCUCACGUCAAAUGCCCCAGCGAUGCGAACCCAGCGUUAUCCGGCGGUCAAAGCAUUAUGUCCGUGCUUGAGCGGUCAUCAGGGAUCCCCAAGGCAGCUUUAGUGACUACUUUUAGAGCCCACCCAGCUCUUAACGAGCUACCAUAUCUUCUCUCCUACGGUGGCUCAUUGCUCAGCGGAGUGACAGCGAGGGAACGACGCUUGCCUCUAGACCGUGUCAAGUUCCCAAAUCCUCACGUUCCAUUUGCUUUGAUCAAUGUCGAAGGAAACUCAGUACGGGCUCCUACGCGUUCCCAUCUUAACGACGAGGAAGCGGAAUUUUGCGUCUCGCUAAUGGACCACUUACUACAACAUGGUCUCCAACCUAGUCAGCUGUGCGAAGUCACCUUUUAUCGCGGACAAUUUCAACUACUAGCUGACUUCGCAUCGGAGCGAAACAUCGAAAUCGCCACAGUAGAUUCUAUUCAGGGACGAGGAACCGAGGUGGUCAUCCUCUUAACCACGCGCAUUGGCUUAAAACCCGAAACCGCCACUUUCAUUGAUGAUCCUCUUCGCCUGAACGUAGCAAUUACACGUUGCAGAAGCGGCCAAUUCAUCCUCGGUCAUGUACCCACCCUUCGAACCCUACCCAACUGGGAAAUGUUGGUCAAGUGGGCUGAUCGGCUAAAUGCCGUCGUCCCCUCUACCCGCCUGAACGAUCUAUUCUCAAUCUACGGAACCCUCCAGGAUCUCCACUGA